AUGACGGGUGUGAACCAGGCGCAGCUUUCUAUGUCUGCGUCCGAUGGCUUGCAGGGUCGCAAACGGAAUGUCACCAUUGCGGGGAUGGACAGCUCCCCGGGGAGUAUCGAGGAUGCGGAGGAUAACGAUGGGCGCGACGAUAAACGGCGACAACCAGUGAAGCGCGCAUGUAAUGAAUGUCGCCAACAGAAGCUUCGAUGCGAUGUCAGCCAAGAUCCCUGGACCGAUUGCUCCAGAUGCCGUCGACUUAAACUCGAUUGUAAAAUCGAAUCCAAUUUCAAGCGGGUUGGCAAACGCAGUCGCAAUGCUGAGAUGGAACGGGAGAUCAUCGAAUUGAGGAAACAAAUCGCGACCGCAAGCACCGGCCCGGUCAUACAUCAACAACAACCUAUCCAUCCUGGCCAAUUAACGCCAAAGCAAGAGUCGAGCCAGGUCAGUCCUGCGGGCGUCUACCAAACCCAAACCCCGUCAGCCAUGUCCGCCGAUCAGUACAUGGGAUCGCAAGAGGCAGUGGCGUCGCUCUUGGAUCUGCGCUCAGGGCUCGAUGGAACGAACUUUAUGAGAACCCCAACCCAUCAAUUCAAGCGAAUCGAAGAUGUUAUAGUCAUACCGGAGAAAGCCACUGAGCUCUUCAACCUGUUUUUCACGUACUACCAUUCAUUUCUUCCUUUAUUGGAUAGGCAACAGUCCCCAGAUGAUUACUAUAAUGCUUCACCUUUGCUGUUCUGGAUGAUCCUCAGUGUUGGUGCCAGACGCUAUCAGAACGAUUCAGGGCUAUUGAAUUCCCUAGCAGGGCCUGUUACACGCCUCGUAUGGAGCACAUUGGCAGAUAUACCGCAAAGUUAUCAUGUCGUCAAAGCACUUUCCCUGCUAUGCUCUUGGCCAUUCCCUACCAGCAGCACAUCGACAGAUCCAACCUUCAUGCUUUGCGGAAUGAUGAUCCAGGUGGCAAUGCAGCUUGGUCUUCAUCGACCGUCACACAGUCAAGACUUUAGCAAGUUCCGUGUGGAACUCAUUGAGGAGGAAUUAAAAGACAAAGUUCGGACCUGGGCCAUUGCUAAUAUUGUUGCGCAACGUGUUUCAACUGGCUAUGGUCAACCCCCAUCCACCCUCUAUGACUGGACGUUGUCAUCAAGCGAUGCAUUGGAUCCGAGCUUCAAACUACCGGAGGAUAUCAAGCACAGACUAGAGAUUGAGAAAUUCUGCGACAGAAUUACUCGAGCUCUAUACACUAAUAGACGAGACCCUGUCGGCUUGACCAGUGACCAAGAGCGAAACACAAUGCUGUCGUUUCUUUCCCGCGAUUUUGAUGAACUCGAAGAGCAAUUCAAAACGCGGAACGAUUGCAUUACUGAUCUUUACCUACGCGCGGCAAACCUCCACCUGCAUUUGUCGGCUUUCUUUGAUGACCCUAACGCGAAAGACUACCGUGAGCGACUUUUGUCACUAUACGUUGCUACCACUUCAUUCCUCGAGGUUACCAUGAAUCUUGAGACUGAAGUUGGUCCCGUUCUCUCAUAUACCCCUUACUACAUCUAUCAAAUGAUGGUUGCAGCCGGCUGUACCCUUUUGAAAUUGAGCAAGAGCUUUUUCUCGGCGCAUAUCGACAUGGAAUACACCAAAAACCUGUUCAACAGGACUAUUUGGGGCAUCCGUGGUGUGUCUGUGUCGAACAAUGAUCUCCCCGAGCGAUUGGCGGAGGUGCUGGCCCAGAUGUGGCGAUUGGGGGCUCAGCAAUCAACAACAAGCAACAGUAGUAUUGACGACUCUUUAAGACUGAAAGUCCGGUGUCGCAUGAGUAUGUCUUUGCUCUUUGACUCGGUAUGGCGAUGGCGGGAGGAUGCACGAACAAAGGGACGAAACAUCGAAGCCUACCUCAAAAACCCAACCAAUCCAGAUUCAGCUGCCGAUUCAUCUGCCGCUUCAUCUGUCGGUCCUCCCCGAACUCAAUCAUCCACUCCUGGUCUUUCUGGCGGUGAUCCAAGUCUUGCACCAGCACCAAUGAUCUCGCAAGCUGCUCUUGGGGUUGGAGCAAGCAAUGGAAUUGGGUCACUGCCAAGUGGUUUCAUGGAACCCAAUUACGAGGUCUUUGAUCCAUUGAAUUGGCUUCUUGAUGGUCUUGUCGACCUGCCAUAUUCAUAUUCUACCAUGGGCGGAUUGGACACCCAAGGCAUUGCAUAG